AUGGCAGUCUCCGGAUUCGAAGGGUUCGAGAAGAGGCUCGAAAUCCACUUCUCGGGGGACGACCCCGCCGCCUUGGGCCUGCGGCAGCUCGACUUCCCCUCCCUCGAGAAAAUAUUGCACGCGGUACAGUGCACCGUUGUCUCGGCGGUCGGCAACGCCCACUUCGACUCGUAUGUCCUCUCGGAGUCGAGCCUCUUCGUGUACCCCACCAAAAUCGUAAUAAAGACGUGCGGGACCACCCAACUCCUCAAGUCGGUCCGCCCGUUCAUCGACCACGGCAUCUCGUUGGGCCUCACCCUACUCGGGUGUAGGUACACCCGCGGCAGCUUCAUUUUCCCCCUUGCCCAACCCUACCCCCACACCAGCUUCAAGAAUGAAGUCAUCUACUUGGAAGCAAACUUGCCUAAAAAUCUCACCCACAAGAAGGCCACCACAAUGAACUCCAAAUCCAACCACAAGUGGCAUGUUUUCACCGCUUUCGUCGACGGCCCACCGGUGGACCUGAGUGUAGACGAUUCCUACACCGUCGAGAUCUGUAUGACCGAGCUGGACCCCACCCUCGCCCGGAACUUCUUCCGCUACGCGAGCUUCGAGUGCGUGGGGUCCUCUAGGGACGGGAAUAUUCUCGAGGUCUUGAAGAGGGUGGUCAGGAUAUUUGGGCCCGGGAAGCUGUCGGUGUCGACCACGGCGGGGCCCGGGGUUAGGAAUAGGAUGUGGAGGGGUAUGGCGAGGGCGGUGGAGCCGCUGGGGAUGAGGCUCACCAGCAGCGGGGCCCGCGAGUUCCCGAAUGCCGGGAGCAUCGUUUUUCAGACGUUCGUGGCUGACCGGAAAUGA